GGCUGUGGGCUAUGGUGGGAGAGGACGCACACGGACCCUGAGCUGCUUUCCUCUCACUUAAACUGAACCCAGUGGCCGUAGAGAACAUGUCUGUGAACGAAGUGUACGUGUUUCGGCCCUUCAAGCUGAUCGCCCUGCUCUGCGUGUUCCUCGCGCUGUGUCUGGACGUGGUGGCUCUGCUCAGUCCUGCGUGGGUCACCGCCGAACACUUCGCCCUGUCCCUGUGGCAGUCCUGCUCCCAGUCCGAGGUGCGCAGCCCCACGCAGGAGCCCCAGUGGAACUGCUUCUCCACACUCACAUCUGACUGGCAGAUUGCCACCCUGGUGUUGCUGGUGACCGGUGCUGUGGCGACUCUGGUGGCCUUUUUGGUGGCUCUCAUUUCGCUUUGUCAGGGGACGCAGAGGCGACACUACCGCACAGUAGCCGUGUUCCUCUUCACUGCAGUGGUUCUGCAGGCCUGCGCUCUGGUCCUCUACCCGAUUAAGUUCAUCGACGGCACAAUUCUGCAGACCUAUCACGAGUUCAACUGGGGCUACGGGCUCGGCUGGGGUGCCACCAUCUUCAUGCUGGGCGGAGGAAUCCUGUUCUGCCUGCGGACGGACAUAUAUGAAGAUGCAAUGUACUGAGACCCAAAUCAACAUCCACCUUUGGAAACACACCUGUACAGUACAACACAUCCAAAUUCCCAUAUCAACGGUGUGCUACGUUUCUUCACCCUCCACACUGCCAAUGUGCAUGUGAGCACACAUUAUGUCUUUUUAGCUCUGUUAUUUUUAGACAGGGUGUGAAGGCCUAAUUUAGGCCAGAGUAUGAAUAGGACCCCCACCCCCCUCCCGGGCAGCCAGCGGGUCCCUCAGUGCUGCUGGUAUCAGGGUGAGGUGGCAAAGCUGAAGCACAGAGAGCUUUCUGGAUAAACACAGGCUGCUGGUACUGGACGUUUCCACUGCACAUUGACCUGGAUCUCUAUUGUUAGAGAAACAAGACACUGAAUGCACAGUGGCUGAACAUUUAAAGGGAUUGACAUAUCUCACAUAUUCUUUUUUUUUACUUGUUUUGUAGCAAUUCAUGAGGACAAGCUUGUUUAUGUAUUUAUGGCAUCAUUUUUCACCUUAUAAAUAUUGAAAACCUAAACUUGUCCCAUAACAUGUUCUCAAUAAAGCAUACCUAGUAAUAGUGACUAAACCUCCUGCUAUUAGAAGUGUAAAUUAGCUUCAUUUGAUAAUAUGCUGGAGUUAUGAAGUGUUUAUAGUUUGUUUGAGAACUUACACCAGUUUGUGUCAAAUGAAAAAUGUAAAUGUGUAUAAAGUAUUUCUACAUGGAGAAAAUUCCGGAAUAAACGUGUAGUUUUGGGAUUGUAA